CUGGCCUUAGCAAUGAGCUGUAGAGUGAAAUAGACGUGGAGAGUAAUUUAAUUUAGUGAAAUACCUUACAGAACGGCUAUGGAUAUUGCUUUGUAUCUGAUAGCGGCUGCUAUCCUCAUUGUCCUCCUCGUGUUUGCGGUGAAGGUCCGGAGGAAAACUGAGGAAGCUGAUGUGGAGCAGCGGAGGGAUGUUGUCCGGGCAGCGGGGCCCCCUCAGCGGGCUGCAGAGGACCGGGGAGCCGGUAUGCCUCGCAGGAGGAGGAACCUCGCCACCGCGAUGGCUAACAGACGACCACAGAGAGAAGCACCUGUAGAACCCGAGGAGGAACAUGUAGAGGAAGAAGAGGGGGGGGGAGAGGCAGAGCAGCCGAACUUCCUGCCGAAGGUUGGAGCCAAGAAGCAGAAGAAGUUGGAGGAGAAACAGGCCAAGAAAGCCCAGAGAGAGGCGGAGAUGGAAGAGAGGGAGGAGAGAAAGAGGAUGCAAGAGCUGAGAGAACAGGAGCGACGGCAGGAGGAGGAGAAGGAGCGACUGCUGGAGCAGAGACAGGAGGAGGAGGAGCGCCGAGCUAAAGAGGAGCAGGAGAGACGAGAUGAAGAGGAGUACUUAAAACUCAAAGCGUCCUUUGUCAUAGAGGACCAGGGAGAAGAGGAGCAGCUCUCUGAGGACCAGUCACGCAGCCUGCUGCAAGAAUUCAUCCAGUACAUCGAGUGCUCUAAGGUGGUUCUUCUGGAGGAUUUGGCUUCUCACUUUGGAAUGAGGACACAGGAUGCUAUCGCCAGACUGCAGGACCUGUUAGCUGAAGGUUCCCUCACAGGUGUGAUUGAUGACCGAGGGAAGUUUAUCUCCAUCACCCCAGAGGAGCUGGACUCAGUGGCUCAGUUCAUCAGACAGAGAGGACGAGUCUCCAUCACAGAGUUGGCUCAGGCCAGCAACUCUCUGAUCAACCUGACGCCUGAGAGUCGCAGUGCCGCCUGACGGACACAUGACCAGUCUGCUAGAGGAAGCUGAAGAUUUAACUGAACUCAGGUCUGCGUGAGGAUUUCCCUCAGCAGCAGGUGGAAAGACGUAACUGGACUGUUCAUGUGAUGUGAUUAUCUGUUACUCCACAGUAACAACAUUUACCCGCAGGUGUCGGGCUUCAUACGGAUCACCUAAAAUUUUAAAAUAAACACAACUACAGAGUAUCACAUCUGUCAACAUGCAACACAGUCACUCGAUAAUUUUUGUGAAAAUAAAAGCCUGACAUUUA